AAAUGUAGGUGUGGGCUGGUUUUCUUUCUUGAUAUGGAGUGUAUAACCGUAAGUGGUAAUACGAUAUGCGACUGUCCCGUCUUUAAUACGGCUUUUUUAUUUUUGGAUCUUGACAUUCACGGUUGCCCUUUCAGCGCAGUGUGUGUGUGUGUGUGUUGAAGGCAGCAGAGCCGGUAUAUUCGUUCAGGAAGCCUGGAACAUGCACUGGACGAGCUGAAGAGGACGACUGUGAAACAGAGGGAAUAAUACUCGAACAGGUGAGGUGCUAAUAAUGACCAAAGAAGAUGAAAUUCCUGACUGGGCUGGAGCACAGGACUUCUAUGAGAAGUACGAUCCAAAGGAGAUCCUGGGAAGAGGGGUAAGCAGUGUGGUUCGACGCUGCAUCCAUAAGCGAACCACUCAGGAAUACGCCGUCAAAGUCAUAGACAUCACGCCAUCUGAUAAGAUGAGCCCUGAGGAGAUGGAAGAGAUCAUAAACGCCACAACAAAUGAGAUUGACAUCCUCAAGAAAGUGAGCGGGCAAGAAAACAUCAUUCAGUUGAAGGACUACUUUGAAACUAAAGCCUUCUUCUUCUUGGUGUUUGACCUGAUGAAGAAAGGAGAGCUUUUUGAUUAUCUGACGGAGAAGGUUACGCUCAGUGAAAAAGAGACAAGGAAGAUCAUGCGCGCUCUGUUGGUGGUGGUUCAGUUCCUUCACUCGCAGAACAUUGUGCACAGAGAUCUGAAGCCGGAAAACAUCCUUCUGGAUGACAAUAUGAGCAUUAAACUCACAGAUUUUGGCUUUGCUGUGCAGAUUUCACCAGGACAAAAACUCAAAGAGGUGUGUGGAACGCCAGGCUAUCUGGCUCCAGAGAUUAUCGAGUGCUCUAUGGAUCCUCACCACCAAGGUUACGGGACCGCCGUUGAUCUUUGGAGCGCAGGGGUGAUCAUGUACACCCUUCUCGCAGGUUCCCCCCCGUUCUGGCACAGAAAGCAGAUGCUAAUGCUACGUAUGAUCCUCGCAGGAAGCUACCAGUUCACCUCUCCGGAGUGGGACGAUCGAUCAGACACUGUCAAAGACCUGAUCUCCAGGCUGUUGGUGGUGAAUCCCGAGAAACGUUACACCGCCACGGAUGCCUUAAACCACCCUUUCUUUCAGCAGUACGUGGUCGCAGAGGUGCGACAUUUCAGCCCGUACAGGAAGUUCAAGGUAAUCUGCAUGACAGUUCUGGCAACGAUGCGCAUUUACUGCAAUUAUCGACGUGCCAAGCCAGUUACCAAAGAAGUGAUCAAGAGUGACCCCUAUGCCGUAAAACCCAUCCGCAAGCUCAUCGAUGCCUGUGCAUUCAAGAUUUAUGGACACUGGGUGAAGAAGGGCCAGACACAGAACAGAGCUGCCCUGUUUGAGAAUACUCCCAAAGCUAUCUUGCUUUCUCUAGCAGCCGAAACAGAUGAUUCAGCUCUCAGAAUGAUUUAAUAAAUGUAAGCGCUCUGCAGGAAAAUAUGUUCAAGAAAUAUGCAUGACAUCAGUACCUCACACUGCGUGACAUUGUGAGAUGUUUCAAUAUUUCAUUCAUUUUGCCUUGAAGAGUUGCAUUAUUGGCCUUCAGCAUUUACUUGUUAUUAAAAGCCUUGGUGAAGCUGAAGUAUUUAUGUACGUCCAACCUGGAUAGCCGAAGUUCUCAUGCUCAUUCAGGUCAUGUUUAUUUAUUCUGUAUGAUAAAUUAUUUUAAAUAUUAAAACGAACUAAAUAUU